CAGAACACAAUCAAAAUUGCUACUCUACCUUCACCAUCUUUGGUUAGCAGCACCAGCGCCAUUGACAGCUGCAAUGCCAACAAACAGUCCACAAGUGCUUCAGCGUCAUCAUCGUCAGCAAAUUGUUUAGUUCCUGUGACCCGUGCCCUGGAGUCUAAACUUAAGAUAUCGGCUAAUCCCUGUGACGAGCUAGUUUUACGCACCAAACCGAGUAUGUCAGGAGACCAAAAGACUUUGAUUAAGGGUCACAGUUCGCAGUAUGUGAAGUUGAACGUGGGUGGCCGUUUGUACUACACCACCAUUGGAACUUUGACGAAACACAAUGAUACCAUGUUGAGUGCCAUGUUUAGUGGCCGCAUGGAAGUGUUGACUGAUUCAGAAGGAUGGAUUUUGAUUGAUCGCUGCGGCCAGUUCUUUGGCACCAUUCUAAACUACUUACGAGAUGGUACUGUACCCCUGCCCGAAUCCCAUCGUGAAAUAGCUGAACUAUUGGCGGAGGCAAAAUAUUAUUGCAUAACCGAGUUGGCCAUGUCAUGUGAACGUGCUCUGAUUGCCCACCAGGAACCGAAACCGAUAUGUCGUAUUCCGCUGAUAACUUCUCAGAAAGAGGAACAAAUGCUAAUUAGUUCCUCAUCCAAGCCAGCGGUGAUUUUAGUGGUUCAACGUCAGAACAACAAAUAUUCGUACACCAGCAAUUCGGAUGAUAAUCUGUUGAAAAAUAUUGAAUUGUUUGACAAAUUGUCGUUGCGUUUUAAUGAACGCAUUCUCUUCAUAAAAGACGUUAUUGGACCCAGUGAGAUAUGUUGUUGGUCGUUUUACGGUCAUGGGAAAAAAGUAGCCGAGGUAUGUUGUACUUCGAUUGUCUAUGCAACGGAUCGUAAACAUACAAAAGUCGAGUUCCCUGAGGCUCGUAUCUAUGAGGAAACCUUGCAGGUAUUACUCUAUGAGAAUCGCAAUGCUCCGGAUCAGGAGCUGCUGCAAGCCACCUCUUCGGUUCGCAAUCCUUCGGGGGGUGGCUCAUCUUCUGCUGGUUCCAGCGGCAUGCAUCAAUACACCAGCGAUGAAGAGGAGGAACGCACUGGCCUGGCACGUUUGCGUUCGAAUAAACGCAACAAUCCCACAUGAUUUGUAACGCAUUAUGUGGUGCGACCGCGACCCAUUCUUCCCUAACUAUGGCGUACAAGUGGUAGCGACAGUGCCUAAAUAAGGGCUAAACCACUUGUGGCGUAUUCAUUUGGACUUAUAAAAUAGCAUAACUAGCCUCACUUAGGGAGAGACAGUGAAUGGUUUUCAAUAUUCUAAAGUAAAAACAAAAGAACAAAAACAAAAAGAUAAAUACAAAAUAUUUACACAUACACACACACACACAUAUACACUAUACAUGUUACUCUAAGGCAGCCAAGAAUGUCAUCGUAAAUCGAAACCAUCCUUGUUACUCCACCAACGAUGAAUGAAGAGAAUUUAAGACAUUUUUUUGAUCGUUUUUUACAGCACCCCGUUUACAACGUAUAUUAUAAUACAAACACACACACACACUUAUACACAUAUAUACAUAUAUUUUUUACAUGGCCAACAUUUACUUUACCUUUUCAUUUAUAUGCAUUAUCCUACACACAUACAUACAAAAAGCUUUCAUUAUGAAACAAGAAACAAUUGUUUAAUUGUUUGUUAAAAAUAAAAUUUCUUAAACGUUACUUGUUGAUGAAUUUUGUGUAAAUGAAAUGUUAAAUGUUCUCCUAAAUUUCCCCUAAAACUAUAUCGGAAUAUUCUUAUCCUGAUUGGAUAAGGCAAAGCAUAUAAAGAAAAUUAUUAUCUGUUUCAUAAAAAUAUACGUAAUAUUUUAUUAAUAAAAUCACUUAAAUGUAAAAAAUUUUU